AACAAUCCACCACGUGUCUGAAUACAGAACCAGAUAGCGUGAAACCCAGCUGCCGAACUAACGCGAGAUUUCAGAUUUCCGACCGUUUGAAAACUUGAGUUGCGUCUUCAACUCUGUUAACUUCUCUGGUGUCUAGCUGUUCACCAGGUUUCGUAUAAUCUGUGGUCUUUAAGUUUAGGAUGGAAUUUCAAGGCACGGAACCAAUGACUCUGGGUUCCCCGACAUCACCCAAGCCCGGCCCGGGUGCCCAGUUUCUCCCCGGGUUUUUGAUGGGGGAUCUGCCAGCGCCUAUCACACCCCAGCCUCGGUCAUUUGGGGUCAUGGAUAUGAGGUCACCACUUCAAACAGGUGGCUCUCCCCCUCAACCUGUGGUUCCUACACCCAAAGACAAGAGUGGGGCCCCUCCAGUCAGGAGUAUCUAUGAUGACCUCUCCUGUCCCGCUGUCGGGAUGUCCCCUAUGAGUGCACAUAAACAGCCAUUCUCAAUGAUGCACACCCCGCUGUCUGGCUAUAUGGCUGUCACACCAGGAACAGCGUCCAGUCUAUUUAGUCCUACUACCAUCGGGCAGCAAGCAAAGUCAACAAUGUCUCCAGCCCAAGUAGACCCUUUCUUCACUCAGGGAGACGCACUGUCUUCUGAAGACCAUCUAGAUGAUACAUGGAUCACUGUAUUUGGGUUUCCUCCUGCCUCUGCGUCUUAUAUUCUGUUGCAGUUCGCCCAGUAUGGAAACAUAACAAAACACACGAUGUCCAACACUGGUAACUGGAUGCACAUUCAAUAUCAGUCUAGACUCCAAGCAAGAAAAGCUCUAAGUAAAGAUGGGAAGAUUUUUGGCGAGGCUAUAAUGAUUGGUGUUAAACCAUGCAUCGAUAAGAAUGUGAUGGAGAGCUCAGACCGAGCCUCUACCUCCUCUGGUUCAGUGUUUACUCCUCCAGUCAGAAAUGGAACCCCCAGCCACCAUGUCUCUACACCUCGCUCCUCUAUGAGGCCCCUCAGUGCAGCCUACAAGGCCUCCAGCAGUGACUACCAGGUGGUGGCAGACGAACAGACCCCAAGGAAAGACGACAGUUUAGUUUCUAAAGCGAUGGAGUACAUGUUUGGCUGGUGAGACGGUCUCCUCCGAUUGGCCCGAGCGCUUUUUAAUAAUAUAAAAACUGGGGGACCCGACAGCAGCCUUCUGUCAUCACCGUGUUGUGGAGGUGUGUCCUAAAUGGUACCCUAAUGGCCCAAUUAACCCUGGUCUAAAGUAGUGCACUACAUAGGGAAUAGGGUGCCCUAGGGCUCUGGUCAAAAGUAGUGCACUACAUAGGGAAUAGGGUACCAUUUGGGGAUCAUCCAGUGUGUCAGUGAUUUGGGGGAACCAAGCCGAUGUGGAUUUCUUCAACCCUGCGACGACUAUGUGGUGAUUUGAGUGGACGGGAUUUUGACUAAACGAACACCGGGUAUUGUAUGUUGACAUUGAAUGAAGUGUUGUUUUUUUUUUGUGCCGACGUCAUGGUGUUGACCUGACGAACACAAACUUACAUAUUUUCUUAUUUGCUACUUGUCCUCUUGAGGAUUUUUUUUAUUUUUUAAAGGCUUUUUCAUAUGAGUUGAUGUCGAAUGAAUCCAACAUAAAUCAAGACAUUAUUGUUAUUUCUCAAAUGUCCCCAUUUCCUACGUUGUGUACAACUGUUGACCAGUACCCAUAAGGGUCUGAAUGGAAUAGGGGGGCCAUUUUGGAUGCCCACAUGGCCUGUCUACAGUAUCUUAACCAAGUGCUGCUUUGACAGGUGGACGUCAAGGUUGCACAUCAGUAUCUUCUCUGUUUGAUGCUGCAGGUUUCUUUUUGAAUGUCAUUUUCCCCCUCUAAAUGGUUCAUUAGUAAACAACGGUAAAUAUAACAGGAUCAGAGUUAAGAAUUGUGAUUUUAUACGAAAUGUCUUUUUUGUGUGAUGUCAAACAUUUAAGUGUUUAAAAAAAAAAAAAAAAAAUUCUCACAAAACUGUCGGUGUACCAAGUGUCUCGUCUUAUAUCCAUUUAAAACUAUUUGUCUGUUUCGGCUGGUCUACUAUUUCGGCUGUCUCUUUUUAGUAUUUCUACGGUCUCCUCUGUCAGCUGUCUCUGUUCUCUACUAUGCCUACUGUUUUUAAUGUCUCUGUCACUUGCUUACUAUUUUUGUCAAAUAAAUGUCACAUAAUUUGAAUACC